UGUUUUUCCGGCACAACAAAAAUGGCGUCCUCCACGAACGAAGAAAGCGUGAGUGAAACGCAGUCGGGGAAGAAGUCGAAAAAGAAUACAAACCAAGUGGAUGAAUCUCAACUCUUCACUGUUCCCGAUGGAUGGAAGGAGCCAGCAUUCACGAAAGAUGACAACCCCAAAGGUCUAUUGGAGGAGAGCAGUUUCGCCACUCUCUUUCCCAAAUACAGAGAGGCGUACCUGAAAGAAUGCUGGCCACUGGUCCAAAAAGCACUAGGCGAUUCACACAUCAAGGCCACCCUGGAUUUGAUCGAGGGCAGCAUCACGGUUUGCACCACCAAAAAGACCUUUGACCCAUAUGCCGUUGUAAGGGCACGGGACCUCAUCAAGCUGUUGGCCAGAAGUGUGCCAUUUGAGCAAGCAGUGCGUAUUUUGGAGGAUGACAUGGCGUGUGACAUCAUCAAAAUUGGCACGCUGGUCAGAAACAGAGAACGGUUUGUGAAGAGGAGGCAGAGACUCAUCGGACCUAAAGGAUCUACACUCAAGGCGUUGGAGCUGCUCACCAACUGCUACGUCAUGGUGCAGGGGAACACUGUGUCAGCCCUGGGACCCUUCAACGGCCUCAAAGAGGUAAGAAAAGUGGUGUUGGAUACCAUGAAGAACAUCCACCCCAUCUACAACAUCAAGACGCUCAUGAUCAAGCGCGAGCUGUCCAAGGACCCCGAGCUGCGGCUGCAGAGCUGGGAGCGCUUCCUGCCCAACUUCCGCCACAAGAACCUGACCAAGCGCAAGGAGCCUAAGAAUAAGACGACAAAGAAGGAGUACACUCCUUUCCCCCCGCAGCAGCCUGACAGCCAGAUUGACAAGGAACUGGCAACGGGAGAGUUCUUCCUUCGAGAGAGCGUUAAGAAGAGGAAGAAGAUGGAAGCGAUAAAGGUGAAACAAGCCGAGGCGUUGACCAAGAGGCAAGAGGAGCGAAACAGAGCCUUUAUUCCUCCUAAGGAGAAACCUGUUAUGAGGAAGACCAACAAAGCUCCCUCAGAAGCCAAAAUCGACGUUGAGGCCAUCAAGGCUAAGGUAAGGAAAGCCAAGACCAAGAAGCUAGGAGCCCCCUCAGUUAACCCUGUCCCACAGACCACACCCGCCAGUGGCAAGAAGAAGAAGGGCUAACCUUGGAAAGGCUUGACCAAUGGACGAUAUUUACUAUUACUGCAUUCAAACGGGGCAUGCAGAUUACUGGCGUUAAGGAUGUCCGGUUUGUCAGAACAUCGGUUUGGCUAAAGAUUUCUUUGUGAUAUUAAUAGAAUAUCCCCAAUUCCUCACAGAGAUGAACCUUCCUCAUAGUUUCGAUGAUUAAAUGAAUAUUGAAUGCUUCUGUCAGCAGUAGAGGAGAGAGUAUAGAGUGAAGGUGUAACCCUAUAUGUGAGAUCCAAUGCUUCUGAGUGUUGCCUAGUUUUCCUGUGACCGAGGCCCAUUCUUCAAUAUCACUUAGCGACAGUUUCUAAGACGUGCACAGAAUGUGAUUCACUUGGUUUAUCCUAACGCCACAGAUUCCUCCUCUUGUCCUAUUCCUCAGAACUACUUGUACUGCUUUCAGCCAACACCUGUCCAUGUUAAUAUUUGCCGUAAACACUUUACUUUUAUGAAGCCUGCAAGUAUAAUGGCUUAUGAUUCAGUUAAUGCAUUGUAAGACUUGUAAUGUCUCAUAAUGCUAUGCGAUCCUGACUAAAUACAUUUUGAGUCCGUUGAAAAUAACAUGCAUACUAUUAAAGACUUAUUAUAAAUCAUUAACAAGGUAUUAAGCUAUAUACCUGCAGGGUUUGAGAAAAGGUGGUUGUUUAGGCAUUGAAAGUUUUAGUUCAUGAUUAAAUUAACAUUGUUGUGUGCAGCUACAGGCGUCAGGUGUAGCAGAAAUGGGCCUAGAGGACUGCUGAACAGUGAAAUAGCAUUGUGAUGUUUAGGAGAACUGUGACAUUCUUUGUCAUUUGGUGCUGCUACUUCUAAAGACUCAAUAAAACAAGUAUAUGAUCAACUCA